UUUGCCAUCCCGUCGACACGUUUGCCAGAGAAACCAAGACUACGCACAUCAGGGACCAUGAAACAUUGGCAGAGACUACUGAACGCGCACCACAGACAGAAGGCGGAACAAGAAGAGGCGGCGAAAGCUAAGAUCAAUAAAGGGUACUCACUGCCAGAAGAAGGCGACCCCACGCUAGAUCCUGACACGCAGAGAAGUCUUUCACUAGAUGCAAAGUUCCAUUCACUUUCUGUUUCUGAAGAAGAGUUUGAUGAUGCGAGGAUACGGAGGAGAGAGAAACGAGCAGCAGACAAUGGCAGAUUCCAUCGCAUUGACGAGGAUGACGAAUUGGGGGGACUGAAGCGACAAGCUCGACAGGAGUCCAUGGGGGGUCUCGCCGACGACGACUUCUCCCCAACCUCCUCCCCCUUCGGGUCCACCGACUCCGUGGAAGGUGUCAGAUUCGAGGAGGUGACGAGACCUGUGCGGAGGAGGUCAUCAGCAACAGGAGGAGGUUCUCUGCGCCGCUGGAGCUCGGAGAAAUCCAGGAGAAGGUCCAGCACUGUGUCGGACGUUCCGGAAGAGAAUUCCGCAAAUGGAAGACGAAUGACGCGCCGCCGAUCCAUGGCGGCCAGAGCCACCAUAGACCUAGGGGCUAAGGAAGACGUGAGCGAGGUGAUGUUCUCUAUGGGAUACCACCCCAACGCCGGUCAACUCACGGUCACCAUCAUCAAGGCACGAAAUCUCGCGAGAGUUGGGUCAGAAAAUCCUCCAGACACGUACGUCAGAGUGGCGCUGAUGUGUGAGAGCAGAAAGAUCGGCAAGAAGAAGACUUCCGUCCAGAACGGCGCCCCGAACCCUACAUUCAACGAGUCUUUCCAUUUUGACGUGGCAGAAGACGACAUGAAAGGAGUUUUCCUGUCACUGGUGGUGGAAGACUCCGGAGGACCCACGCUGGGUAAAUGUGAGGUCGGCCCGUGGACGGACCAGUGGAACGAGAUGAUGGAGAAACCCCGGAAACCCGUCACCAGAUGGUGUCAGCUGAAGGAAGUGACGUCAGACAGGCGGAGGAGCAGUGAAGACCAGGAGUAGCAGCUUUAAAAAUACUACUAUAAAAACGUGUACAUCUUUUACAUUGUCGUAACAGGUAAUUUUCUAUGGAUCUCAUUGCAUACUGGGAGACGUGGAG